AGCCGUCCAAUGGAAUGUUCCGUGCAAGAAUUUAAAUGUGCUCAACGCUCGUGAUCGCAGUGCGCGAUUUGCGCCAAUGCACUGCUAGUGUCCGUUAGUACUGCACCACUGGCAUUAUCAGUCAUUGCUGAUCUUCUGUAAUCACUCCACCUGAGGCCUCCCACCAGCUUGUGUUCUCUUACUGAGCUAUUUACAACGGCCUGUGUUCCUUGCCCGAAUAUGGGUGACAAAGAAAAUCAGCCUCAAAACUCAACUGCUGUUGAUGGGAAGACGGAAGCAAGGACAGAUGAUGCCUCACAAAAGAAAAGGACGAGCAUGGAGUGGCGCCUCCAGGAUUUCGAAAUCGGAAGGCCGCUGGGCAAGGGAAAGUUCGGAAAUGUGUACCUAGCUCGUGAGAAGAAGAGCAAGUUCGUUAUUGCCCUUAAGGUGAUGUUCAAGUCCCAAUUGCAGAGCAACAAUGUCGAACACCAGCUUCAGAGAGAAAUUGAGAUCCAGUCACAUUUACGGCAUCCUCACAUCCUGAGGCUGUAUGGCUACUUCCAUGAUGACACUAGGGUUUACCUUAUCCUGGAGUAUGCUCCCAGAGGAGAACUUUACAAAGAGCUCACGAAAGCGAAGAUGUUUGAUGACAAGCAGUCUGCAACCUACAUUUACCAAGUCUGUGAUGCCCUCAAGUACUGCCACAGCAAGAAGGUCAUACACCGAGAUAUAAAACCAGAAAACAUUCUUAUUGGCGCCAAUGGCAAGCUGAAGAUUGCAGACUUUGGUUGGUCUGUCCAUGCCCCCUCAUCAAGGCGCGCCACCAUGUGUGGCACGAUGGACUACCUGCCACCCGAGAUGAUUGAGAACAAUGUCUACGAUGAAAAGGUGGACCUCUGGGCAGUGGGCAUUUUGAUCUAUGAAUUCCUUGUCGGGAGGCCUCCUUUCGAAGCAAGCACUCCCUCAGCCACCUAUGACCGAAUCCGCCGUGUGGACCUGCGUUUCCCCGCUCACGUUUCAGACGAUGCAAAGGAUCUCAUUUCAAGGCUACUGCGAAAGGAUCCAAAACAGAGGCCUACCAUCGAGGAAGUAAUGACGCACCCUUGGGUCAUCAAGAACAUGGAACCUAGCUUGUACCAGUCUACCAUGGGAGAGCAGCCUGAUAUGGAAGAGCAGUAUUUUGAAUAAAUCGCGGCUAAAAGUAAUUUUUUUUUAGAGCUCCCAUGGUA